AUGAACAUCAAAUUCUCCAUUGUUAUUCUCAUUCUCGGAUUAUCCUGCGUUCAUGUACUGGCUAACCCAGUCAGUACUACUACUACAAGACGUCCAGUACGUCUAUGUGCCAUGGAUAUCAUUAGAAGAAUGAAGAGACUAUGUCUGGGAUGUACAAAAGCUGUUGGAGAGAAGUUGAGUCCCAUUGGUGGAGGAGAGCCUGUCAUCGAUAAGAGAAUCUUACAGGAAGCGAUCAAUGAGAACCUAUCCACACCGAUACCUGGUAGAUUGAAUCUUAGUGGAACUCUGACUGAUAUCUGUUGUGAACAAUCCAAAUGCUAUGACGAAUUCUUAUUGGAGUUCUGCUGUACUACAGAGGAAAGAGCAAUGGUCCGAAGUGGAGGAACAACAUCGGCUCCUUGA